GGCUCUGACUGUGUGUGACAUAUUUCCACCGAGAGAGAUAUUUGUCUUUUAGAUAACCUCUCUAUUCCCUCAGCACCGGGAGAUGCCGCGUUAUGAGCUGUCCGUGAUCCUGAAGGCGAUGCGGAGGCCGGAGACCGCGGCGGUGUUGCGGCGCACGGUGGAGACGCUGUUCGAGCGCGGCGCGGUGGUGCGGGGUCUGGAGAACCUCGGGGAACGCAGGCUGCCUUACAACAUCUCCAAACACAACUGUCUCCACACGCACGGAGGAUACUUCUCCGUGGACUUCCACGCCUCGCCGAAGAUCCUCAGCGGGCUGUUAGAUCACCUCGAACGAGACAUUGACGUGCUGCGUCCGACUGUUCUCAAGAAAGACGUCGAGGUUUCCGAGGCGCAGUGCUGUGGCCUACAGAACGAGAAAGCAAAGAGUAACGUUACAUCCCGUUAAAUGACUGUGAAGAUCACCUCAUCUGCUGGAUUAUGUGAACGGACAAGACAAGCUAGUAAAUGCCAGCAGCCUUUUUAUGGUUUUGCAGCAGUGCAUUUACUUCAGCUAAUGGUGUGUAUUUCUGCAAAGAACUCUGUACAUAUGAUCUUUUUGCAGGAUCAGUGUUGUUUUUGGCGUAUUUAAUUUUAGUAUGACAGAAUCUGCUUUAAUAAUUACAUGCUCAGAAAUAAAUAAUUUGAAAUUCUUU